AUGUCCCGGACGGACCCGCAUCCCGGGAGGGGCUUGGCGGGCUGCUGGCUGUGGGGAGUCCAACCCUGCCUGCUGCUCCCCACCGUGCCUGUCUCUGGGCUGGCGCGGCUGCUUCUGCUGCUGCUGGCCUCCCUCCUGCCCUCAGCCCAGCCGGCCAGCCCCCUCCCCCGGGAGGAGGAGAUCGUGUUUCCAGAGAAGCUCAACGGUAGUGUCGUGCCUGGUUUGGGCUCCCCUGCCAGGCUGUUGUACCGCUUGCCUGCCUUUGGGGAGACGCUGCUACUAGAGCUGGAGCAGGACCCCGGCGUGCGGGUCGAGGGGCUAACGGUGCAGUACCUGGGCCAGGCACCUGAGCUUCUUGGCGGGGCAGAGCCGGGCACCUACCUCACCGGCACCAUCAAUGGAGAUCCGGAGUCCGUGGCAUCUCUGCACUGGGACGGGGGAGCCCUGUUAGGGGUGCUCCAGUAUCGAGGGACCGAACUCCACAUCCAGCCCCUGGACGGAGGCACCCCUAACUCUGCCGGAGGGCCUGGGGCUCACAUCCUACGCCGGAAGAGUCCUGCCAGCGGCCAGGGCCCCAUGUGCAACGUCAAGGCUCCUCCCGGGAAUCCCAGUCCCAGGCCCCGAAGAGCCAAGCGCUUUGCUUCACUGAGUAGAUUUGUGGAGACCCUGGUGGUGGCAGAUGACAAGAUGGCAGCAUUUCAUGGUGCAGGGCUAAAGCGCUACCUGCUGACAGUUAUGGCAGCAGCGGCCAAGGCCUUCAAGCACCCAAGCAUCCGCAACCCUGUCAGCUUGGUGGUGACUCGGCUGGUGAUUCUCGGGCCAGGCGAGGAAGGGCCCCAAGUGGGGCCCAAUGCCGCCCAGACCCUGCGCAGCUUCUGUGCCUGGCAGCGAGGUCUCAACACCCCUGAGGACUCGGACCCUGACCACUUUGACACAGCCAUUCUGUUUACCCGUCAGGAUCUGUGUGGGGUCUCUACUUGUGACACUCUGGGCAUGGCUGAUGUGGGCACUGUGUGUGACCCGGCUCGGAGCUGUGCUAUUGUGGAGGAUGAUGGGCUCCAGUCUGCCUUCACUGCUGCUCAUGAACUGGGCCAUGUCUUCAACAUGCUCCAUGACAAUUCAAAGCCAUGUGUUGGUCUGAAUGGGCCUGGGAGCACCUCCCGCCAUGUCAUGGCUCCUGUGAUGGCUCACGUGGAUCCCGAGGAGCCCUGGUCCCCCUGCAGUGCUCGCUUCAUCACUGACUUCCUGGACAAUGGCUAUGGGCACUGUCUCUUAGACAAGCCAGAGGCUCCCCUGCAUCUGCCUGUGACUUUCCCUGGCAAGGACUAUGAUGCUGACCGACAGUGCCAGCUGACCUUCGGGCCUGACUCACGCCAUUGUCCGCAGCUGCCGCCACCCUGUGCUGCCCUCUGGUGUUCUGGCCAUCUCAAUGGCCACGCCAUGUGCCAGACCAAACAUUCACCCUGGGCCGAUGGCACCCCCUGUGGGCCUGCACAGGCUUGCAUGGGUGGCCGAUGCCUCCACAUGGACCAGCUCCAGGACUUCAAUAUCCCACAGGCUGGUGGCUGGGGUCCCUGGGGAUCAUGGGGCGACUGCUCUCGGAGCUGUGGGGGUGGUGUCCAGUUCUCCUCCCGGGACUGCACGCGGCCCAUCCCCCGAAAUGGUGGCAAAUACUGUGAGGGCCGGCGAACCCGCUUCCGUUCCUGCAAUACCCAGGACUGCCCAACUGGCUCAGCAUUGACCUUCCGUGAAGAGCAGUGUGCUGCCUACAACCACCGCACUGACCUCUUCAAGAGCUUCCCAGGGCCCAUGGACUGGGUCCCUCGCUAUGCGGGUGUGGCCCCCCGGGACCAGUGCAAGCUCACCUGCCAGGCCCAGGCGCUGGGCUACUAUUAUGUGCUGGAGCCACGGGUGGUAGACGGGACCCCCUGUUCCCCGGAUAGCUCCUCAGUCUGUGUCCAGGGCCGCUGCAUCCAUGCUGGCUGUGAUCGUGUCAUUGGCUCCAAAAAGAAGUUUGACAAGUGCAUGGUGUGCGGUGGGGAUGGUUCUAGCUGCAGCAAACAGUCUGGCUCCUUCAGAAAAUUCAGGUACGGAUACAACAAUGUGGUCACUAUUCCUGCGGGGGCCACCCACAUCCUUGUCCGGCAGCAGGGGACCCCUGGUCUCCGAAACCUCUACCUGGCCCUGAAGCUCCCAGAUGGCUCCUAUGCCCUCAAUGGUGAAUACACGCUGAUGCCCUCCCCGACAGAUGUGGUACUGCCUGGAGCAGUCAGCUUGCGCUACAGCGGCGCCACUGCGGCCUCUGAGACACUGUCAGGCCAUGGGCCACUGGCCCAGCCCUUGACACUGCAGGUCCUGGUGGCUGGCAACCCCCAGAACGCACGCCUCCGAUACAGCUUCUUUGUGCCCCGGCCAGCCCCUUCAACGCCACGCCCCACUCCCCAGGACUGGCUGCACCGCAAGGCACAGAUUCUGGAGAUCCUCCGGCAGCGCCCCUGGGCGGGCAGGAAAUAA